AUGUUUAAGUUGAAAGAUGCUCGAGCCCAAGAAAUUUUAGUCACUAGAAUGGAGAAAGGUCCUUUGUCUCAUAUCUUAUCGUGCAAUUCUGCGAGUGAAAUGUGGGCCAAGUUGGUCAACAUUUAUGAGCGCCAAUCGAAUGUAAGUGUUCAUCUACUACAGCAGCAAUUUUUCAAUGCUAAGUUCGACGGAAGUGUAAUGGAAUUCGUAACAAAGAUUCAAAACCUUUCCACUGAAUUAAAACAGUGGAAAGAAGCCAUUCCUGAUAAAAUGGUGAUAACGAAAGUAUUGAUGUCGCUUCCCGAUCGAUUCAAACAUUUUGUCUCGGCCUGGGAGUCAGUACCUGUAGCAGAGUAA